CAAAAAUUCAAAUUCUUGAACGAUCCACUUUUGGAAACAACCCCACAACCCACUUCUUUACCCCAGGAGGAAGGAGAAGGAACAUCAUCUCCCAUGGACCUUGGCUAUACACAGACAGCAUCCAUACCAACUCCUCUUCCUCAUACAGACCCGGAUGAAUCGAAGUCUGUAACGGCACAGGGAGCAAACCCAGACUGUGGGGUGGACUCGCAAAGGCCCAUGUCUGAGUCAGAGCCACCACCUCAGAUACUAUGGGAAUCACACCCUGCACAGACGGUGUCUAUUUCUCCACUUCCUAACAUAGACCCUGAGGAAUCAGAGUCAGUUCUGAAGCUGGAGACAGCCCCAUGCCCUGAGGUGGACCCCGAAAACACAAACUCUGACUCAGUUCCAUGUCAGACACAAGAGGAAUUCGACUCGGCACAGAAACCAUCAGAGCAGCGAGAUCCAGUCCCAGGUUUGAUCCUGCUGACUGAUCUCUCCUUUCCAACUGUGUCAGAGACAGCACUGUGUCUAGGACCAGAACUAGACCCAUAUGACAUGAGGGGCUCUGAGGAUCCCAUAUCUGCUUCAGAACCACCUCAGAUAGACGUGGAACCAGACCCUGAGUUGGCGUUUAUGCCCAGGCCUACUCCUCAUCUUGACAUAGAUUCCAGAGAGCUAGAGGCUACUCCGAAGCUGGGGCCAGACCCAAGCCCUGACACAGACUCAGAAAACCCAAGAUUUACAACAGAGACACCGCCUGAGCUCCAAGGGGAGCCCGACCCAGCCGAGAUACCUUCAGAGCAGCCGGCCACAGCAUUGACCUCUAUGUCUGAAUCGGAGGUUGACCUGGCCUCUCCAGCUGUAUCAUGUUCAGCGUCAUGUGUUGGACAACCAGACUUGUGCAAUGGGAUGCGAUCUGAAAAUCCCAUGCCUGCCUCAGAGCCACUUCAGAUAGAGAUAGAAAAAUGCCCUGAUCUGGUCCAAAUACAGGCUAAUGAUCCUCUACCUCACCUAGACUCCCAGGAAUUUGAGCCGGUGCCACCUCAUCAAUCCGACCCAGCACAGACAGGCCUACUGCCAGAACAGCCAGCCCCAGUCUCACUGACUGUCAAGACUGAGCCCGGUCUCUCUUCUCUGGCUAUAUUGUAUCCAGCAGCAUACAUCAGACAAGAACCAGGUGUAGAGACUCUGCAGUCUGACUCACAGGGGAGGGACAGAAUCCUUGAAAGUUCCCACCUGCGAUAUCUCCAACCACAGUCUCAGUCUCUCCCAUAUUUUCCACCCAUACAAUCACCAACAUAUUCACCCAUGCGGCCUCAGCAGUCUCCAUCCAUAUCGAAUGGCCCUUGUCCGAUGAUCUGUCACUCAAUCCUUAUCCCUAGCUGCCCUCCCCUGGAUCUCCCAACAGACUUUCCUUCAUAUCACCCCCAGAUGAACCACAACUGCCCUCAACCAGGCCCUAAUCACCCCUCACUGACCCCCCAACCGAGGACUAAUUUCCUCUCACUGGCCCCCCAGCUACGCCCGAACCACCUCCAACCACCACCGGACUUCCAGCUCGGCCCAGGCUUACCCGGUCAUCUCCCUGGGAUGGCUGGUUCCAUCCCUGGUUCUAUCCCCAGCCAGCCCCCACCUCCCCAGGCCUGGUGUCGCAGCGAGGGCUCCUCCUCCCGGGGGAUGUUUGAGAACUACAGGUGGUGGCAGAACCUCCGAGACAUAGCCAGCAAAAUCUACCCCGACAGUGGACCUGACGCAGAGGCCCUGGCCUGCUUCUUCAUUCCAGUGAUUCGUUCCCUCUGUCUCCAGUACCCCUCGCUCCUCUUCAUCCAGGGCAUCAGUAUAGCGGUGGGAGAAUGGGGGAAGCUCUCUAACUACGACCGUAUGGAGUACUAUCACUUGGCCCAGAAGUGA